CCACCUCGAUUACUUGAAAAUGACGCGGAGAAUCGCAGAAGAUUUUGAAGAUUUGUGGGACUUUCCACAUUGCAUUGGGGCAAUUGACGGAAAGCAUGUAAUCAUUCAAUGUCCGGACAAUGCAGGCUCCAAUUUCUACAACUACAAAAAUAGUCAUAGCAUUGUACUAUUAGCUAUUUGUGAUGCCAAUUACAUUUUUCGAUUCGUUGAUAUUGGUGCGUAUGGCAGGCGAAGUGAUGGAGGCAUCUUUCGUGAAAGUCAAUUAGGUCAACAUCUUGAGGCAGGGCAAAUGAAUAUCCCACAACCGGAUAGUUUUUAUAGAGGAGGACCAUUGUUGCCUUACUGCAUUGUCGGGGAUGAAGCAUUUCCAUUGAAGUCAUAUUUGCUACGGCCAUUCUCCGGCAAAGAUAACUUGUCAGCCGAACAAUGCAUUUAUAAUUAUAGACUCAGUAGAGCCAGGCGAGUGAUAGAGAACUGUUUCGGAAUACUUGUUAGCCAGUGGCGAAUUUAUCGAAAAUCGAUUAUUAGCAGCGUGGAAACUACUAUGAAGAUUGUGCAAGCUACAAUCUGUCUCCAUAACUGGCUUCGCAAGAGUAACAUCGAGCAAACCAAUAACAUUUUACCAGGUAUGCUGGAUAGAGAAACGACAGAAGAUGAUUACAUACGAGGUUCGUGGAGAACGGUUAUGGAAGAUGGUUGUGCAUUCAUGAAUAUCUCCAGAUGUAGCACAAAUACAAGUGCUCGGGAUGCCAUGCUCAUUAGAGACGAGUUUUGUAAAUAUUUUAAUGACGAAGGCUCAGUGGCAUGGCAAAACGAUCGAUAAUAUUAUAAUUGUAUAUUAUAUAAAAAGUUAUGAAAUUUUAUAUAUAUAUAGGGUGGCAAAUUUGCGACAACUCUGAUAUUACUAUAUAUUUCGCAAAAAUUGUUUUACCGCGAGUAAUCGUUAUUUACCAUGUAUACCAUAUGUGCACAGGAAAGAAAUUUUAACUUUAAAUAAUGCAAACUAAUUUUCGACUUCUUUUUUUAUUUUCCUCGAUCGUGCUUAAAUAAUCGUAAGUAGU